AUGAUAAGCUUAUCACUUAUACGUAUACUUGAGCGAAGUAUUGUGUAUAAGCAUUUCAUAGCUCUUAUCACAUUACAAAGAGUUCUUUUUUUGUAUGUUUCUGCUGCUUUAACAUUAGAAAUCUUCACUUUUAUGUCUCAUAAAUCUGAAACAUCAAAAGACUUAGCUUUUAACUUUUAA